UGUUGCCCCUUUAAGCUCCGCCUCCUCGCCCCCGCUCCGCGGCUCGGCGGAGCUGCCGGAGCAGCGCGGGCCGCGGGUAGCGGCAGCAUGUCCUGAGGCGAGCGAGCGAGCGGGCGGGCGGGCGGCGCGGAGCCGGGCCGGGCCGGGCCCCACCACGGAGGGGUCGGUGGAGCAGCGGGCCAAGGGCCGGGCCCCCAUGAAGGAGAAGGAGUCGGGGGCGGAGCGGGGUAAACCCGCCACUUACACCGGGGACAAGAAGGCGCGCAUGGCGGCCAAGACCAACAAGAAGUGGGUGCGCCUGGCCACCGUGCUGGCCUACGUUCUCUCCGUCUCGCUGGCCGCCAUCGUCCUCGCCGUCUACUACAGCCUCAUCUGGCAGCCGGUGCGCGGCGGCGGCGGCGGUUCGGGCUCCGGUCCCGCCGCCGCCGCCGUUACCUCUCAGCCCCGCGCCGCGCCGCCGGGCCCCGCGGUCAGCCGGCCGCCCGCCGGACCCACGCAGGAGACUCCGCCAGCGCCGCCGCGGACGGGCCCCGACCCCGGUCUCGCCGAGACGGACCGCCCGGACGCGUCGUCGUCGUCGUCGUCGUCGUCGCCGCCCGGGGCCGAGGCGGCCACCGCCGCGCCGCGCCGGAGCCCCUGAGGCGGCCGUCAGCGCUCGUCCGUCCGUCCGGCGGGGAGGACGGGCCCGGCGGACUGCGGGAGGCGGCCGCGCUUCGGCCCGGGAGGCCGGUGCCGCCCCCCGGGGUCCGUGUGUGUGUGUGUGUGCGCGGCGGGGGGUCGCUCCCCGCCGGGGCCGGGAGGAGGGGGAUGCAGCGGCUGGGCUCGGCGGAGGAUGGAGGCCGGCGGCGCGGCUGCCGGAGGUGGGAUCGCUCCUUCGCCCCUGCGCACCGGCCGCGCUUGGCGGUGGGGAGACGGCACCGCGACCCCCGGCGCGGACGAGCCCCGAAGAGCUCGGGCUGGAGACUGAGCCGGCCCGGGGGCCGGCGCGGGAAGGACGUGUUUUUACUUGGUGAGGCUGGAGAAACCUCCAUACGUGCCUAACUCCUGCUAAUCAUGGUAACUAAGCAUUGGUGAUGAAAGAAGGUUUGAUCUUUCCUGACAGAAGCAGGUGGAGCUCUCGCGGUGGGCGCCGAUGGGCGGCUGCGGCGGUGUGCGGUGCGCUUUGUGGUUUGUACACCCUUGCUCUUGCCUGCGUGGGAUGGCUGAGCUUACAGACCGUCACGGCACCUCGGUGGCACCCUGGAGCCAGUGCCAUCAGGAGGUAUCUGCCAUGCUUUGGGACGUGUGAGAUCCAUGAACAGAGGGCAUGUCCCUGGCAUCAGGUGAAGUGACCUGCUACAGGAUUUUCUACUGGAUGGAAAUUCCACAAUAUAAACUUUUUAAUGGUAUGAUAUUUUUACAUUCCUUUCAGGGUUGAUAGGUUCUAUUUUGCAAAAUCAUACCAUCUGUUUCAAUGCUGAUUUUCCAAAAAUUGCAUCGUAUCAAAACUGAAUCACCAGUAUUUAAAAACAUAACAUUAAAAUUUUCUGUUCUGAAAAGGUUUAACGAGGGCUCCAGUUUGGGUUUUAUGAAAUGCAAAAUGUUGAAGCAGACACA